CCUCCCUCUCCAUCGAUCUCAUAAUGACAAUGCUGCGACGACAAUCGCAGAGAUAGGCCAGCCAGGUGCGAGGACCGACACCGGUAAAGAGGAGAAGAGCCGGCGAUGGCAGGCAUUGUCAGCGGCUUCGCCGCCGCGUUGCUGUGUUCACGGGCCGUCGACGGCCCUCGUGCCCAGCGCAGUCGUCGCUUAAUAUCGGCCCGCCCUUCUGGUAGCAUAGAAGAGCCGCAAGGGGAGCAAUGGGAACCGAUGUGAUGUUGACGAUCGACACGCUUGAGAGCGUGUGUCUCCGCCGCCACCUUCAACAGCUUUGCUACUCCUCAACUCAACCAUGCCGCGUCUCUGGCGCAGUCAGCUCGUGCUACUCUCGUCACUCGUCGCAGCGGUAGCGGCACGGCAAGCCACACCUCCUGCGACGCUGACUGGAAGGCAGGAUAAUGCAACGACAAAUGCGACGACUGCCUCCGCUGCGCCCAUGUCUGAUCAUGACAUGGUCCUGGUGCCGGAUGUAGCAGCCUGUGACUGCGGCUUCGUCGACAACGCUGAUAGCGACCAGAACGUCUGGACGAGCUACUAUCACGCCGACUUUAAGGGCAUGACUUCCGACAUCCUGGCAUCAGGCCUUCGAGCAUUGACCUACUCGAUCGCUCGCGAGUCGAGCGACUUCAGUCGAUCCAUGCAGCCUCAGCAGGUCACACCAGCAAUGGACGGAAUCGAGCUCAAAGUAUCGCCCUCCGUCGAUGGCAAGGUGAUUCCCUCGGCUGCCAUAUCCUCUGUCAACAAUGACUUCUGGUUCGGGUCGUACCACAUGAGGGGAAAGGUCAGCAAUCAGACGGGCACGGUUGCUGCCUUCUACAGCUACUUCAACGAUUCGCAGGAGGCCGAUAUCGAGUACGUAGCGCAGGACAAGACGCAGCAUUUGCGGUACACUACGAAGCCGCAGCACUACGAUGCCAGCGGGAGACCGACAAAUGACACGUACAUGUCACAAAUGUUCAGGCCGAGCAUGCCAGGAGCUUCGAUCUCUGAUGACUAUCGGACGUGGUCCUUCCGGUGGACGCCGACCGUCGUUCACUUUGGUCUUGAGCUCAACUACACAGCAGCACUGAUUCAUGAAGUGCCGCAGGUGCCCAGCUACCUUCUCGUUGCUCACUGGUCAGACGGCAAUCCGCUCUUCUCGGGAGGGCCUCCCAAGACCGACUCCGUCUUUGCCGUCUCCGACAUCUGGGCCAUUUACAACUCAUCCCAUGCCCCACCCACCAUGGCGUGCAAGACACUCACCAUCCCUUGCCGCGUCGACGUCACCAAGAACACGGUCCAAGUGCCCGCUGACCAGGCUGGCAACAUCACGGCUCUCCCCACCGUUUCCUACAAUGGCACUUUGGUCUCAGUCAACGGCCAGGGAAUCGAUUGGAGCCGUGGUAGAAAGCAUGGCUUCGUACAGGAAAAGUGGAAGGUCAUCACCGUCGGAGUAUGUGCAAGUCUACUCGCCUUCCUCGUCAUCGCGUGUCUUUGGAACCUUGAUGGCUUCGUGACGAGGUGCCGCAACCGCAUCAAAAACAAGGACAAAGAUGAUCAGGCUUCAAUUUUUGGUUCUCUCGGGUCGCCAGGGCCAGCUGGAGGUCCUGUCGACAAUGGAGGACCAAGCGGCAAUACUGCUGGCAGUACGGCGCAUACACGGGGUCGAAGCCGCAGCGCCUUCAGAGUUGGAAUCGUACGAAGGAUGGGGGCAACGCCUGGUGACCAACCUGGCGUGGCAAUGUCUCAGCAGCAGCAGCAGCAAGGGCAGCGCCAUCUGACGUCGCAAGUCCAGCAGCCGUACUACGCGUUCACGCCUCAGACACUACCGCCUCACCACCUCUUCGAGCGACAACAGCACCCUCUUCUUGCUGGCCAUGGUCCCGCCGCCCUUCCCCAAUCGGCGACUCUAUUUUCUUCUUUGGCUACUGGACGGCCAGAGCUCGUGGGGACAGAGCAAUCGCACUUGCCCUACCAGGAUCGCACAUUUCCUCGCAGGCCCUCAUUCCCAGCCUCUCUUCGCCCAAAUCCCCCAAGUCACGGCAGCGCCAGCAUGGGCGGGGCACAACCUUCGUCUCCUCACGCACCUCGAUCCGCUCACUCUCAUCGAGGUCCUGAGGCUUCUCUUGUGGGGAGUGUCAACGGUAGUCACGAGUCCGGCACCACAUUGCCAUCGUCUUCGCUACCGUCUUCUCUGCCGUCCUCUAGCGAGGGGCAGCAUUUGGGAAUUCAGCCGGGCUACCACCCUACGCAGCAGCAGCAAUUCCGACGAGAGCCAUCGCCCACAUUCAUGGCCAUUUGAGGGGGUAUGCGACGCGCUGCGGGAGGCUGUGCUGGGCUCUGGAGGAACACGCUCGGUCCCAUUGCCUUGCACCCGUCGUUCGGGCUCCGACGUGAUGUGGUACUCUGCCAACCCUAUCUUAUUUCUCAUCUGCUCACCAUCACCUUGCUCCUGUCGCCGUCUUUGCUAGCCCCCAGCGGUGUACCGUACUCCUUGCUGAGCCAUCCUUACGACCCAUAUUCGGCGUUCCGUCCCAUUCGCUCCUGAUGUCUUGCUCCGGCGUACGUACUAUCAAUUCCCAUAUCCAGUCGCGAUUAAUUG